CGCACAACUAACGUUGCCUAAACCUGCUCCCCCACCACCACCACCCCACCACUAUUUUCGCCCGCCUCCAUAUCUCAGUCUUCGCCCUCACCGGCGGCACCUGUGACUCGUGAGCCCUCAGCACCACCACCACCACCACUGCCGCCGCAAUGCUUCAGCAACGGCUCGCCAACCUGUCCCUGCACCGGCACCCCAUCCUCAUCCUCCGGCGAACCUAUCUCGGUCCCACUACCGCCACGCGUUUCACGCCGUUUGUCCCGCCGCCUCCUUCGUCGCUCCCGAAACCCAGAGUCCCCCGCAAGAUCUCCCCACGUACACGUAAGAACCUCCGGCGCCUCGGCUACACGUCCGCCGCGCUCGGCACGCUCUACCUCGCCGACGCCUUCCUCAACUACUCGACAUUCGCACGGAAUGUUCGCACAAUCGCCACCUGCGGCAUCAUCGCCGCGGACUACAAGAUUAACUUCCGCGCCGGUAAGGAUGGCGGCCAGCUCGCGCACAUCCACGAGCGCAAUGCCGACCGCAUGCUGAACCUGUGUCUCAAGAACGGCGGGCUCUACCAGAAGAUCGGACAGGCAAUCGCGAUGCAGAGCGCCAUCCUGCCGCCCGUGGUGCAGCAGAGGUUCACGAGGUUCUUUGACGAGACCCCGCAGGCAAGCUGGGCCGAGGUCGAGAAGGUGAUCAGGGAGGACUUUGGCGACAGGUUUCCUGGGCUGAGCGGGAGUGAGAUUGUGGAUAGGCUCUUCGUGCCCGGGAGCUUCGAGAAGAGGGCGGUUGGGUCCGCAUCGAUCGCACAGGUGCACAAGGCACAGCUGCCGACCGGGGAGUGGGUGGCGGUCAAGAUUCAGAAGCCGUGGAUUCAGCGGCAGGUGGGGUGGGAUCUGGCGGUGUUUCGUGGCGUUACUCAUAUGUUUUCGACCUGGAUGUUUGGUCUUCCAUUGAGCUUCCUGACGCCGUACAUCUGCGAGCGACUGGAGAGCGAGACGGACUUUUACAGUGAGGCGGGCAACGCCCAGCGGACUGCCGCCUUCAUCGCCACUGAGCCCACCCUCCGCGAUCGCGUCUACGUUCCGAAGGUCUACAACGAGCUCCUGACGAAGCGGGUGAUGGUGGCGGAAUGGAUCGACGGCAUCGGAGUCGACCAGCGCGAGAUCAUAACCGGCACCUACCGAGAUGAGACCUCCGUCGGCCAUCCCGUAAACACACCUCGGUCGAUAUCGACUCGUCAGGGGCCCAUCCGUCGCGUCCAUGCACGUAACUCCCGCGUGUACGGGCUCGGUGUGCGGGAAAAGGAGGUGAUGCAGACCAUGGUCGACAUUUUCUGCGGGCAACUGUUCAUCUUCGGCUGGGUACAUUGCGAUCCGCACCCGGGCAACAUCCUCGUGAGGCGUCGUCUCAACGGCAAGCCUCAACUUGUCCUUCUCGAUCACGGCCUCUACAUCACCACCACCCCCGAGUUCCGGCACAAAUACGCGCUUUUCUGGCAAGCGCUGUUCACACUCGACAACGGCACGAUCCGCGACAUUGCCGCGUCGUGGGGCAUCGGAAACGCUGACCUCUUUGCCUCGGCCACACUACUGAAACCUUACCAAGGCGGCAGCAAGGAAGUCGUCACCAUCGUUGGCGGACACAAACACGGUGGGCCUAAAACCGCGUACGAGGCUUCCCAGGCCGCGCGCGAGAAGAUUGCAGAAUUCAUAAUCAACCAGGACAAGAUGCCGCGGGAACUCGUCUUCAUCGGACGCAAUCUCCGCAUCGUCCAGGAAAACAACCGCUCCCUUGGCACUCCUGUCAACCGUCUCAAGAUCAUUGCCAAUUGGGCUAGUUACGCAUUGACGCGCUCGGUCGAGCAGGCCGGGCUCACCCGCUCAUUCGGCGACCGCAUGCGCGCGUGGUAUUCACAUGCCAUCUUCAAGGUGGUGGUGUUUACACUGGACGCGGCGUUCUGGUACGGGCGGCUGCGGCAGAUACUGUUUGGCGGGCUGGGCUUCGAGGAAGAGAUGGAUAUUCGCAUGAGACGGGUUGCCAUGGAUGAAUUUGGGCUGGAGCUACAGGGGAAUAAUCUCUUCACUGCUUAGAUAGAUGGCGCGUAGUUAGAAGAUGAGUUGUAUUUGUACGGUUUAUACCUUGUUUGGGCUUUCCCUGGAGUUUUGUUAGCAUUACGAGGUAGGUAGAGGCGAUAUACAUAUGAGAGCUUCUGGAGGUCUGUACUGGUACAUUAGAGUGGCCUUGGGGUAGAACUUGUCUGACGUCGUGUACUCGUACUCCGCCUACUCUAGUUUUCGCCGAAGUUGCAUCAGUAAAUACCUGUAGAACGCGCUUAGAGGAG